CAGCCUAUGGGGUUGCCUCCUCGGGGUCCAGGAGGCCAGGCCAGCCCAAAGCUGCCUCCUCUUGUCCAUGCCAACCAGGCUUGCUCAGUACCACCACGCCCCACCUCACUGGGUCCCCUCUGAGGCAGGUACAUUGCUGAAAACUACCUCAACUCAUACCGUGCCACAGAUAUAGGACACACACAGUCCACGAGGCACAGCUUCCUGUCCUUUACAGACAGACCCAUGUAAAACACAGAAACAACCACUUAGAGAUGGACACUAAGAGGGACACACCAGGCAGACAACCAGACACAUGCAGUCCUAUAAGACAAAGUCUGCUGUCAAAUAGGAACACAGAUAAAGCAGAGCCACAAAGAAGCAGGAGGGAAACGGGAGACCUCUAAGCUAUGCAGUCACAUUCUUAGUCACACCUACAGCUAUACAAUCACACCCACUCCGGUGCUACAUAGUCACCAGGUCCCCAUGCACUCCCACACUCACAGGGACCCUGGAACACCUGUACACUCACAACCACCCGAUUACACCCCAACUCCCUAGGGCAAUCUCCCCUACACCUUCACAUCCUUGCAUUUAUUCAGGGGUACAACCAGUGCCAGAUCACCCCCAACCCAGGUACAACAUUCCCUGAGAUGUAUGCACAGUCAAUGCCAGGCUUACUCCCGCCUCCUUCCUUCCCCCCGUCCCUCCCAGUGCUGGUCCAGGAAUGGAACAAAAGCCCAGCAUCCCCUCCUCCCCUUUUCCCCCUCUCCUCUCCCCUCCCCCCUGGCGUCCAGCCCCUUUGUCCUCCUGUAGCUGAGCCGGAGCGGGAGUCCAGGCAGAGCCGCAAGGACAUUGGAGCCAGGACUGCCAGGGGUGCGGCAGCAGGACAGAGAGGAGUGGUCAGUGCCAGCGCAGCAGCCACAGAGCACCUGGGUGAGGGCAUGGCCAGGAUGCUGGAGGGCCCGGUGCCGGAGGAGUCGGAGCACAGGUCCCAAGGGCCGUGCGCUGGGUCUUGCCACGCGCAGCGCCUUCUGCAAACCCUCAAUGCGUACCGACUGAGCGGCACCUUCACCGACGUGGUGCUGCGCGCCGGUGGCCGAGACUUCCCGUGCCACCGCGCGGCACUCAGCGCGGGCAGCGCCUACUUCCGCAGCCUGUUCGCCGCGGGGCAGCCGGAGCGCGGCCUGGCCGUAGUGCCCGUGGUGCCCGUGGCCUCGGAAGCGCCGGGUGCGGGGCCUGGCGUGGCGGCGGCGGCUCUGGCCGUGGUGCUUGACUACGUGUACGGGGCGGGCGUGCGGCUGCGCGCUGAGGACGAGGCGGCCGCCGUGCUGGCGCUCGCCGAGCGGCUGGGCGUGGCGGGCCUGCGCGAGGCCUGCGCCAGCUUCCUCGAGGGUCGCCUGCGCGCCGCCAACAGCCUGGCGCUGCGUCGCGUGGCCGCCGCCUUCUCGCUCGCCCCUCUGGCCGAACGCUGCGGCCGCGUGCUGCGCCAGGCGUUCGUCGAGGUGGUGCGCCACGCCGACUUCCUGGAGCUGGCGCCCGACGAGGUGGCGGCGCUGCUGGCCGACCCGGCCCUGGGCGUGGCACGCGAGGAGGCCGUGUUCGAGGCGGCCAUGCGCUGGGUGCGCCACGACGCGCCGGCCCGCAGCGGGCAGCUGAGGCGCCUGCUGGAGCACGUGCGGCUGCCCCUGCUGGCGCCCGCCUACUUCCUGGAGAAGGUGGAGGCCGACGAGCUGCUGCAGGCCAACCGCGAGUGCCGCCCGCUGCUGCUCGAGGCCCGCGCCUGCUUCAUCCUCGGCCCCGAAGCUGGUGCGCUGCGGGCCCGGCCGCGGAGAUUCAUGGACCUAGCUGAAGUGAUCGUGGUCAUCGGCGGUUGUGACCGCAAGGGGCUCCUGAAGCUGCCCUUCACUGAUGCCUACCAUCCAGAGAGCCGGCGCUGGACCCCACUGCCCAGCCUCCCAGGAUACAUGCGCUCAGAGUUCGCCGCCUGUGCUCUGCGCAAUGACAUCUAUGUUUCCGGAGGCCACAUCAACAGCCAUGACGUUUGGAUGUUUAGCUCCCCUCUGCACACCUGGAUCAAGGUGGCCUCGCUGCUCAAGGGCAGGUGGAGGCAUAAGAUGGCAGUCAUGCAGGGGCAGCUGUUCGCGGUGGGCGGCUUUGAUGGCCUUCGGCGCCUGCGCAGCGUAGAACGCUAUGACCCCUUCUCCAACACCUGGGUGGCAGCAACACCUCUCCCAGAGGCUGUGAGCUCAGCUGCAGUGGUGGCCUGUGCCGGCAGGAUCUACGUGAUCGGGGGCGCUGGGCAGGACGGUGUCAGCAUCAACAAGGUGCAGUGCUUUGACCCUGAGGAGGACCGGUGGAGCCUGCGAUCACCGGCGCCCUUCUCACAGUGCUGUCUCGAGGCUGUCUCCCUUGAGGGCACCAUCUAUGUGGUUGGAGGCCUCAUGAGCAAAAUCUUCACUUAUGACCCUGGCACAGAUGUCUGGGGGGAGGCAGCUGUCCUCCCCAGCCCUGUGGAGAGCUGUGGCUUGACUGCGUGUGAUGGGAAGGUCCACAUCCUUGGUGGGCGGGACGAUCUUGGGGAGAGCACCGACAAGGUCUUCACCUUUGAUCCCAGCAGUGGGCAGGUGGAGGCCCAGCCAUCCCUACAGCGCUGUACCAGCUCCCAUGGUUGCAUCACCAUCAUUCAGAGCCUGAGCAGGUGACACAGACUUGAACAGCCUGAGCCAGGAAACAGAGAAAGGAAGGAGAACUUGGGUUCACCACUGCUCCCCUCAUGGCUCCUCCAUGUAAAUAGCCCCUUAACUUAUUGCUGCCCUCCCUUCUCAUAGAAAUAAAACCUUCAAAGGUUGGGUCUGUGUUCCAGCUCAAGCCUGCUUUGCCUGGAGAAGUAAUGCCCAACAUCUACUCCCUGAUUUGACUCUUUACAAAGCACCUUCAUAUAUCCACCUUCAUAUAUCCACCUUCAUGAUGGCAGUAUGGACAUAUUAAAAAAAUUAUGAAACACUUCAUGCAUAAAAAGAAUAUAUUUUUAUACAGCUUAAGAAUUAUAAUAAAAUAAAUAUCUGUGUUUCCACCAUCUAGCUUAAGAAACAGAUCUUUACAAAUGCCUUUGUAGGCACCUCCAUUCCUAAACCCAUUCCUUCCCACAUCUAUCCCAAAGGUAAUCACUGUCUUUACAUUUGAGAUUAUUGGCAUUUUUGAAACUUUUAAUAAGCUAGUUAUUAAAAUUUGUAUUUGACAGAGAAGGAACUACAUUAAAAAGAUGAGAAUCACCCAAGAUCAUAUACUUAGUAAGUGGCGGAGUCCAUGACUCAAGGUUUCAUGAAGCUUCAGGAAUCCAUGAAGCAGUUCUGGUCAGGAUGGUUCUUUCUAAACUACCUUCUCCAAUUCAAACACUUAGCAAUGACAGAUAAAUGCCAGACAACUAAAAAGACAGAGGCUUAAUUGUUGGUGGGAAUGCAAACUGGUGCAGCUAUUCUGGAAAACAUUGUGGAAGGUCUUCAAAAAAUUAAAAAUAGAAUUACCCUAAGACCCAGCAGUAGCACUGCUAGGAAUUUAUCCAAAGGAUACAGGAAUGCUGAUUCAUAGGGGCACAUGUACCCUAAUGUUUAAUAGCGCUAUCAAUAAUAGCCAAAUUACAGAAAAAGCCCAAAUGUCCACCAACUGAUGAAUAGAUAAAGAAGAUGUAUAUAUAUACAGUGGAAUACUACCAUUUGCAACAAUGUGGAUGGAACUGGACAGUAUUAUGCUAAAUGAAAUCAGUCAGAGAAAGACAGAUAUCAUGAUUUCACUCACAUGUGGAAUUUGAGAAACUUAACAGAUGAUUAUAGGGGAAGGGAAGGAAAAAUAAGAUAAAAAAGAGAGGGAGGCAAACCAUAAGAGACUCUUAAAUACAGAGAACAAACAGGGUU